CCAAUCCGCAAAGUGAUAGCUCACUUUCUAAAUUAUCCAUAGAGAAGUAUCUUAAACUAAUUUUUGCUCAAAAGGCUCCAAGUCGAGCGCAACCCCUCUGCUCCCCAUUGCGAGGACGAUUGAGAGCAGUAAACAGCUGAAUAAUCGGUGAAGUUUCUGAGCUUAAUAGAGAUUAAAGGAAAUGCCGCAACCUUCAACAAUGUUUACGAAGCCCUUCGUUUCAGCUCCAUCUACUUCUCUUUGGAGCAAAUCAUAUGGCUGGAAGAACUCGGUUAACCCCAGUGUUAGGAUAUGUAAAAGGGGGGAGAUUUUGUGUUUUGGCAUGCUAGCACCCAGGAAGUUCAUGCAGAGGAGGAAAAAAGUUGCGAUUUUUAAGGAUGCUGCCGAUGAAGCUGACCAGAGAAACUGGUGGAAACUAAUGCUCGACAUAGAGGAGGCGGAUUCCGCCAUUGAAGUUCUUAAAAGCCGGAGGGUAAAAAACCAGGCUUUGCCCAAGGACCUUGUUGUUGGGACUUUGGUUAGAUUUAAGCAGCUCAAGAAAUGGAACCUUGUUAGCGAGGUUCUUGAAUGGCUUCGAACUCAGCAUUGGUGGGAUUUCAAGGAGGUUGACUUUCUGAUGCUUAUGACGGCCUAUGGGAAACAAGGAGACUUUAUUAAAGCAGAGAAAGUAUUAGGCUACAUGAGCAAAAAAGGGUACCCGGGUCAUGUAGUAUCCUAUACUGCUCUUAUGGAAGCAUAUGGAAAAGGAAGACAAUUCGAUAAAGCCGAGGAAAUAUUUCGUGGAAUGCAAUCUUCAGGUCCCGAGCCAUCUGCUAUCACGUAUCAAAUAAUUCUCAAAAUAUAUGUUGAGGGAGACAAAUUUAGAGAGGCGGAAGAAAUAUUUGAUACUCUUCUGGAUGAAAAGACAUCACCUUUGAAACCUGACCAGAAAAUGUUUCACAUGAUGAUCUAUAUGCACAAGAAGGCAGGGACCUACGAGAAAGCUCGUAAACUAUUCGCAGUGAUGUCCACGAGAGGAAUCCAGAAAACCACAGUUACAUAUAAUAGCUUGAUGUCUUUCGAGACUAACUACAAGGAGGUCUCAAAGACUUUUGAUCAGAUGCAAAGGGCGGGCAUUCGACCUGAUGUUGUGAGCUAUGCACUGUUGAUUAGUGCUUAUGGAAAAGCUAGAAGAGAAGAAGAGGCUUUAGCUGUGUUUGAGGAGAUGCUUGAUGCUGGUGUCAGGCCAACCCGGAAAGCGUAUAAUCUCCUACUUGAUGCAUUUGCAAUAUCUGGAAUGGUAGAGCAAGCACGAACCGUCUUCAAGAGCAUGAGAAGAGACAGGUGCACCCCGGACCUCUGCUCGUAUACGACCAUGCUCUUGGCUUACGUAAAUGCAUCUGACAUGGAUGGGGCCGAGAAAUUUUUCAGAAGGAUAAAAGAAGACGGGCUUCAGCCCAAUGUUGUCACACACGGCACACUUAUCAAAGGGUAUGCCCUAUUAAAUAAUCUCGAGAAAAUGAUGGAAAAAUAUGAGAAAAUGCGGUCGUGCGGGAUCGAACCCAACGCCACAGUGCUCACCACAAUCAUGGAUGCUUUUGGGAAGAAUAAGGAUUUCGACAGUGCAGUUGUUUGGUUCAACGAGAUGGUGUCGGUUGGGAUUUCGCCAGAUCAGAAGGCGAAGAAUAUUCUCUUGUCGUUGGCGAAAACGAAUUAA